AUCAAUAUCAAAGUCGUCAUAAUUCUGAAUGGUGUUUUCGUGAUGGACAUUCUCGAUAAGUGAAGAAUUGUUUCACCUGUUUAAACUUGUGCAUCUGUAAUUUAGAGUGCUUCUUUUCCCCUUGCUUGCUGUUCUUGUUUCAUUUCACUGACCGUCUAUUCCGAAUAUGAAAACUUCCAAAUCUAGCUAAAUGAAUCUAAUUACCACCACCACGAAGAGUUCCCCUGGCGAGAUGUUGGAGCAAGUUUCCUCAACGGAAGUGAUCACGAUAGAAUCGUCUUCAAACACGGCUCCUGCAGACGGCAGUACGUUGGCUGAGUCAUCGAGUGCCGUCGAGCAUGAGGAGGGCGAGAUUGAUGACGAUGACGAUGAGGAAGAGAUGGGCGUGGGUGGUAAUGUUGUCCUUGAAUAUGAGGACAUCAGUUCCGAGGAAGAAUUUACCAUACGGGAGCGUCUCGCUCAGCUAGAAGCGAGGAAUGCAGAACUUGGCCUGCUUAGUGGCAUUAAUGGCAGAGCUAGUGCGGAAACGAGAAAUGCGUACGAUAAACAAGCUGUGAUAAAUGCGAAUGAGGAAAACUAUGAAUGCAUCUCGGACGAGGAAGAUAUUGAGUUGUAUGUUCAUCGAAAUGAGCCUAUCCCUAAACCGAAACUGCUACCAGCACGGCGGAAGUUACGUUCGCUGCGCUCGAAAAGACCCACAGUUGGCACAGCUUACCAACGGCAUGAAAGAUCCACCAAAAAGCUCGAAAGACGCAAGCGUGAACAGUUAGAGCGCAAAGCGACUGUCCAUAGGAGACACAAACGCCGGAAGCAACACAGUAGCAACAUGGUUGUGAAUAUCGAUACGUCUGAUUCGGAAGUUGAUUUCCCACUGGACAGGGCACGAUUACAGGCAGCAUGCGCAAUUAGUGGUCGAAAGCGGAAGACUGACAAGGAGAAUUGGGAUGCGUUGAAGGAAAAGCUGAAGCUGUCGAUGCAGAAACGAAAAAAGAGCAAUGAUAUUGUGAAGGAAUCGGGUGCGGAAUUGGUGCUCGAUGAGCCAAUGGUUUUGGUGGACGAUGAAGAAGAGGAAGAAGAUGAGGAAGUUCUGCAACUGCGCUUACAAGCGUUGAAAUCAAAAGUCGAAGUAAAAGAAUCUGGUGUGAUAGGUCUAUUGGAAGAACCAUUGGCGUCAGAGAAAACUGUCGAUGAGCAAGAGUUAAGAAUGAUUGCACUGCAAUCAGCUUUUACCAAGAAACACCAAAUUAGAUUGCAGAAGAAGCAAGAAGAAAGACCUUAUUCUCCGAGCGACGAAAUUCGUCUUUUGUCGCCUGUGAGAGAUUUUCCGCCGACGAUAGAGGAAUUGGCGGAAAUUGUGGAGGAUGAAGACGAUGUUCAAAUAAUAGAAACUCGACCGGAGACGGUAGAAAUAAAUGAUAGUUCUUCAGACGAGGAGAAUAGAAUGCAAAUUAGCGCAUCGGUUAGCCCUCAAUGUCCUGAGCCGUCCGAUAUUCAGCCUGUUGAUAUGGAGCUUGCAUCAAGCGAGGCAUCACUUAGCCCUGUGCAUUCCACCAAAAAAAACCAACAAUCGACUGAAGAAAAAUCAGCCGAAUUGGAGCCGCCUCCGCCUCCAAUGAUAAAUGACUGGCAUAGCGAACUUCCUGCUGAAGAUGACGAAGAAGCUUUGAGGAACCAGCUUUUGUCCAAGUUCUCCGUUACUGCCCAAAAAGAGUCAAUCCCUCCUGCUGAAACUCGGCCAAUGACUCCAGAUUCGAUGGGAGAGGAAGAGGCAGAUGCAUUACGAGAAUUAAUUUUAUCUAAAAUGAAACUUAAGAAAGUUUCAAAGCCACAAGAACCCAUCGUAGCAGAAACUCGUCAAACCAUCGCCAAUUUAGGUCCAAUUGAUAACGUAAACAUUCCAGAAAAACAGAGUCACGACUGCUCUGCUUCUGCUGCUGAUUCAAGCAGCAUCAAUCAUGGUGGCGUUUCAACUGGAGCCCCUGUGAUGUCUGCAGCCAAUGCCGUUGCAAACAACGUGAGUCAUUCUCGGCUGCUGUCAAAUCCAAACCUUAUAACGCUGAUAGGAAAGCAGAAAGCUAAUCGGAAGAAACGGAAAAAAUCGCUAUCAGCGAACGCAACCAAAAAAGUAGCCGCUACAGCUCCUCUUGCGAUAGCUGUCCCACCGCCUUCAAGGUCUCUCGUUAAAGCUCCUGUUGCUGAAGUGCCUGUCCUGUCAAUCGCUAAACCCCAAAUGAAAAUAACGAAACUCGUUAAUAAUCCAAACAAACUCAUAAACCGCAGCAGACCGACCGCUCCGAUCGCCCUGCGAGAACGAUCCACAACGGUGGAAAGCUAUGUACAAAAACCCGUCGCUAAACUCAUCAUCCAGGUGGGCAACUCAGCUUCGGAUUCCGAUUCGGACUAUUACCCCUCGGCGGAUCCGGAGCCGGAGUGCGAGGUUGAACGUAUCGGGGAAACGUUGCUUCGCGAUCUCGACAAUGCUAGUCCAUCGCGGGUUACCAUCGAAAGUCCCGUGUACUCACCGGCACCCCCGACGGGUACGGAAAUGGAAGUGGAUACUGCUGCAUCCGGGAAUAAUAACGGCAUUGCACCCGCCAGCAAAACGGAUGAGUCGGCAUUCGAGCAGCGGUUGGAUCAGUUCCUGAAGACGGUCCGGAAUAAGAUCGAUCAAUGCCAGAAUGGCCGCGGGGUGAUUGUUCGAACGCCAACUUCCCAGCCAGCUGGUAGCAGUAGCGGCCCUACGGCUCCGGCCAGACGACCAGCAGCGCCCAGCACUCCUGCGGCCGUCCGUCAUCUGCCAAAGUCCGCCCAGAUGGAGUACAAAGUAUUGCUAGCACGGAUGGCUCAGCUGGAGAAGCAAAAACAGGCCCGAAUCGCAGCCCAAAGCAGACGCAGCCAAAGUAGUCGUCCUCUCCUGACGAGAACCUUUGUGAACACGGAUGCGGUGGUGGACAGAAAUAGCGAUACUCUUGUUGUAACCGUCAACCGUGAUGGACGGGACGUGAUAGACAAAUGUAAUUCCUCGUCUAUGGCAGCACCACUAUCGCAAAGCAAUCAGACGGUGCUGUCGACAAGACGUGACUCUGAUACGCUUGUUAGACGAGUUCUCAUAAAUAAUACUGUGGUAGCGGGAGUUAGCUCUAUAACCACCGGAAAUGUGACACCAAGCGAUGUCAAUCACGAUGCGAAACAGCCUAGUACGAACCCACCGAUGGUUGAAGCCAAUUCCAAUCAGACUGAGACAUUAGACAGAAUGAAACCCAAAGAUGAUGAUACUCUUGGUCUAGACAACCUGGAAAAAAUGUCGCUACAGAACACGUUAAAACGAAUAAAGUCCAUCAGGGAGGAGGAACGCGCGCGGGUGCUUGCGACCGUAGAAAAACACUUCGAAAGGCACAGCCAAAAGUUUGGCAGAGAGCUGCAGGAUCUGAUUGUUAAUGUAGAAAACGCUCAGCACGAACGGGAGAAACAAUACGGUUUGGAAAACAAAAUUGACUUUCUGAAAGAGAAGUUAUCCGUGUAUGAACGAGCGCUGUCACUGUUGAAACAGAAACUCGGUAGACUAUUUCCGGCCUUGCAUGAGUCACACAACAAAGUGAUGACCAGCCGGAAGAGGUCAAUAGAGCUAAGUAAAAUGUGCUUAGCCAUCGGCCGUCAAGUCAAAGGACCAUCUUACGAUGUUCCUGCAAACGAUGGCAUACGCAAGCAGUUGAAGGUACUCACAAGCGAAACGAAGCGAUUGAAGAAUAUGACCAAACUAUCACUGGAGGAGUUUAAACGGAAAACAGAUGAACAGCGACAGAGGCAACGGGAACUGUUACACCAGCGGGCUAGCGAAAACCCACUGGUGGUAUCUGAAGUCAGUGUUUCACAAUCAGUAGAUCAAUCAUCAAUACAAACCGAACGAUCGAAUGAACCAGUGGCUUUAGAUAUGCAAAGUACAAAUGUCGAGAAAGAGAGUAAGCCUCUCGCUAAAAGUGCACCUGCUUCUCGUAGCGCCAGCCCCGUAGACUCCCAAGAGCAUAAUUCGUCGGCUGUCGCAGCACAAGAGGCUCCAGCAGUGCUGUCCUGUGAAGGUCGUUUACCUUUCGGUAAAUACCAAUCACCUCUGGCAUCGCUCAAAAACCAAAGUGCACAAAAAGUUCCGGACGGUAUCAUUUGUCCAUACCAAAUGCGAGGACAGUGCGUUGAUCGGGAGUGUAAAUUCGAACAUUUUCAGUAGCAGCAUAUGUGUGAAACAUUUCCCGAUCUUUCAGAACACCCAUAUGCAUAACAAGUUACUAAAUUUUCACUAAUCCGCAACCACAUUUCCCAUUCCCCCGUACACUCAUUGCUCUUGUCCCCGUCCUUGUAUCCUUCUUAUUGUUUUCGUCACUUUGAAACACGUCUCUCUCUCUCACGUCAAACACACAAUCCCACUGGUGAAAAAAGAAUGCGAAAGAAAAGUGGCUUUUUGGGGGUACAAAUUUAAACUUAAAAAAAAAUAACGUAGUGCAAAUUGAACGGAAUAAGUGUGCGAAAAGAGCAUGUACAGUAAAGGUGAACCUGAGUGAAAUCAAUCGAUGGGACGAAGAGUAAAGUUCCUCGAACCGACGAGAGUAGUGGGUAUAUGAAGAAAAAUGUAAACAAUCGUAUAAACGGGAACAACGGCGAGCGACUUUGCGGAGAAUUAUUAGUUAUAGAUUUCAGUGAUUUCAGUUUGCCAUAUAGUUUUUUUUUUCAUUUUCGUUCUUUAUGCAAUUUAUUAUUUCCCAUAACGUAACCUUAGCGUAGAUUAUUGAAAAAAAAUUAGGUCUGUUAUUUAAGGUUGGCUAUUCACAAUUUUUGGUUUAAAAGGAAAAAAAAUGCUUGCUAUUUCAUUAGCAUGUGAAGAAAACGGAUGUUAGUGAUGGUUUCCUGUAUAUUUUAAAUGUUAUUGAUGAAAAAACGAAGAAAAUGAAUGAAAUAAAAUGUUAAA